AUGAACGCAACGUUGAAAGCAAUUAUCAUCCUGGUGGUCGCUCUGACGAUUAAGUAUGCGAGAUGCAAAUCGAAUCUAAGGAACCAGCUGACGAGCACUCAGGGACCGGCCCAAGACAGCAGUAGCUUUUUCCAAAUAAGACUCCCCGAAAUUAGUAUCCCGCCGAUUUCCACUAACCUGGGAAAUUAUAAAGACUAUGAAGGAGGAAGAAAUGGAGGCGGAUGGGACAAUGGCAAAGUGGAGUUAUCGUCCUAUUCGUUCGUUCCGUCGUUAUUAAAUGCGGUUUAUUUAUUUUCUGCCCUAUGUUUCAUCCUCUGUUUGACUGGCUUGAAUAAUCACAAGACUUCCAAAAGGGGGAAUGUACUAGGGUUUAUAGGAAUAGUAGCAGCAAUAGUGGUGACCUUUAGCCAAGUAGGGUUUGGAUUCAGAUAUGAAUUAUUUUUCAUCAUAGUAAUACCAGCUAUCAGUAUAGGAUUAUUUAUUGCCCACCAUGUGAGCAUGGUGCAGAUGCCCCAGUUGGUUGCACUAUUUCAUAGCUUUGUCGGAUUAGCUGCAUUAUUUGUUGGCUUCUCUAAAUACCAUUCGGAAUAUUUCGAGAGUUACGAAAUGAGCACAAUACAUUUGGUGGAACUUUAUUUAGGAACCUUUAUCGGUGCAAUAACUUUUAUCGGGUCGUUAGUAGCAGCGGGGAAAUUAAGUGGUACUCUAGACAGUAAAUCUUUAAAUUUGAAAAUAAAAAAAGUCAUAAAUAUGGUUUGUAUUAUAAUUAUCAUCAUUCUUGGAUAUUAUUUUGUUCAGCUUAAAUCGAUUUAUUUGAAAACCCUUUUCCUUUAUGUUUCUUUCCUGGUGGAUUCAUUUCUCGGGUUCCACUUAGUUGCAUCAAUCGGUGCUGCAGAUAUGCCUGUGGUCAUUAGUGCAUUGAAUUCUUACUCUGGCUUCGCUACAGCCAUCAGUGGAUUUCUGCUUCAUAACAAUUUGUUAAUCAUAUCAGGAUCACUUAUUGGUUCUUCAGGAGCUAUUUUAUCCUACAUUAUGUGUAUAGGAAUGAACAGAGAUAUCUUCAAUAUUAUCCUAGGUGGGUGGGAUGACUAUGAUGAGUUAGGUGGAGGAUCGUUGCAGCAGGCGGAGGCAAAUAAACGGGUAAACUCUACCACACAUAAGUACGUUGCAGAAAAUUUAAUUAACGCAAGAAAUGUUGUAAUCGUUCCAGGGUAUGGCACAGCUGUUAGCAAAUGUCAGAGAGAGCUAGCUGAAAUUUGCAUCAUACUGAAGUCGAGAAAUGUGCAGGUAAAUUUUGCCAUCCACCCUGUUGCAGGAAGAAUGCCAGGACAUUUAAAUGUCCUUCUAGCUGAGGCAAAUGUUCCCUACAACAUUGUCAAAGAAAUGAAUGAAAUUAACUCAUCUAUCGACAAGGCUGACAUCGUUUUGGUAGUGGGGGCUAACGACAUUGUGAACCCCUCCUCUCUAGACCCCUCCAGCAAAAUUUAUGGAAUGCCAAUCAUCGAGGUAUGGAAAAGCAAACAAGUAAUUAUUUUAAAAAGGAGUCUGAACACAGGGUACUCGGCGAUAGACAAUCCACUCUUCUACUUUGCCAACAGUUAUAUGCUUUUCGGCGAUGCGAAACAUUCGACCAAUCAAAUUUUAACCAUUUUGAGCGACUAUACCAGUCAUAAAUAUCCAGAUGUAUCCCUGUCAGAUGCGCACCUUGAUGAUGAGAAGGCUGAAGUGCGCUCUUUGUGCUUCCUCUCGGAGGACUCUUCCGCCAGCAUCAGAGAAGAUUUGGAGGCACUCGCGGAGCAGUACCCCAAGGCACGGAGGGUCAUCGGGCUGGUGAAGGAGGACACGGGGGGAACACAAAAAGGAGAAGCAAAAAAUGGAGACGAAAAAGGGGAAAACACCAAAGAGGGAGCAGAAGCUGAGUCAUCCACCCCCCGAAGCGCCGAUGUCAACCUGUCUAUAGUCCCUAUUACCCCCAAGUUUGUCCCAAAACUAAAAAAAAUGGGCUUCCGAAUAUUGGUGGAAAAAGACAUAGGAACGAAAAUCAUGAUAGAAGACGAGGAAUACGUUAAUUACGGAGCUGAAAUCACAUCGAAGGAGGAUGUCCUCAGGCAGAGCAAUAUCAUACUGAAGGUGGAUCCACCAAGCGAGAAAUUCAUAGUGGAAGUACCAAAUAAUACUGUCCUAAUUAGUUACUUGUGGCCAAGCAUCAAUAAAGAGCUACUUCAAAUCGCUGUGCAGAAUAAAGAAAAAAAUAACAUCACCUAUAUGGCAAUUGACGAGGUGCCUAGAUCCACACGCGCUCAAAAAAUAGACAUCAGAAGCUCUAUGAGUAACUUACAAGGAUACAGAGCUGUUAUAGAAGCCUUUUUCAUGCUCCCAAUGUUUAGUAAAUCGUCUACCACAGCUGCUGGAACGAUUCAUCCCGCUAAAGUUUUCGUCAUAGGGGCAGGGGUAGCAGGGUUGCAAGCCAUUAUAACCGCGAAGAGUAUGGGUUCUAUUGUAUACUCACAUGAUUCGAAAGCAUCCACUGAGGAGGAAGUGAAGAGCUGUGGUGGAAUAUUCAUAAAGAUCCCAUCAUCAACGUACAGAGAAAAGAAUGAACUAGCGAAAGAUGAAGAAAAAAUGAGGGAAGAUUUUUUAAAUAUACAAAGUAAGAUUUUCAAAAGGGUUAUCAGUAAGUGCGACAUUUUAAUCUGCUCUGCAUCUGUACCUGGAAAAGCGUCCCCAAAAUUGGUCACCACAGAAAUGAUUAAACUAAUGAAGAGGGGAAGUGUGGCCGUGGAUUUGUGCACAGAAUUUGGAGAUAAACAAAGUGGCUGGGGAGGAAAUAUCCAGUGUUCGCAAUCAAAUAAAAACAUCAUCAUCAAUGGGGUUCAUGUGUUAGGUAGAGAUAAAAUUGAAAGAAAUAUGCCACUGCAGGCAUCUGACUUGUUCUCCAUGAAUAUGAUAAAUCUGCUGGAUGAAAUGGGAGGAGGAUUACAAUUUACAGUCGAUACUAAUAAUGACAUUGUGAAAGCGCUCGUUGUUGUAAAGGAUGGAAAAAUUUUGUACUCACCUGACAGAUCAAUGGACAAAUUGGUCAAAAGCGAAAGUGUUUUCUUGACUGACCAAAGCGAAGACAAUCAACUUGUUUCCAAAAAAACGAUAAAAUAUCCGACGGGGACACGCAUAACUGAAAAGUUUAUCGAGUCAGAUCUGCUCUUCUACAUUUCCCUAAUUUGCGCACUUAUGGUUACCCUACUGACUGGCACUAUCUUUUCACAGUCAGAUUUGCACCAUUUGUUUUUAUUUACUCUGUCUAUCAUCGUUGGCUACUUCUGCGUCUGGUCCGUCACGCCCUCGUUGCACACCCCGCUGAUGUCCGUCACGAACGCGCUCUCCGGAGUUAUAAUAAUCGGAAGCAUGAUUGAGUACGGCAGUGGCUUCAAAAGUCUGAGUUCUGUCCUGUCGAUGAUAGCCACCUUCUUGUCCGCUGUGAAUCUUUCAGGAGGAUUCUACGUCACCAAGAGGAUGCUGGACAUGUUUAUCAAAUAA